AUGGCGCCCAUAUCCCUACAAAGCGUCCUUUACGCUAUCGCGGCAAGCAUUGCAUACGUCUUUCUCAAGAUCAUCUAUCGCCUCUUCUUCCACCCCCUCCGCAAGUUCCCGGGGCCCAAACUUGCUGCCGCAACCCACCUCUAUAGCGCCUACUAUGACCUCUGCACACCAGGCCUCAUCAAACGUCUCCCAGAGAUGCACAAACAAUAUGGACCUCUGAUCCGCAUCCAGCCCAACGAGCUGCAUGUAGCUGAUCUAGGAGGCUACAACCAGAUCUUUCGCGUCGGUACCCCCUUCAAGCGCACAUGGCUUGACAUGGAAUUCUUGAAUGGGUCACUCCAGUCUAAGGAGACACUCCCCGAAACCAGAGCCCGCCGCGAAUUCCUCUCCCCCUUCUUUAGCAAAGCUGCAAUUCUGCGCUCGGAGCCCUUCCUACAUCGCCAGAAAAUGACCAAAUUCUUGACCACCCUGGACAAAGCAAGCGGCACCGUGGUCGACUUCUUUUUGGCAUUCAGAUGCCUGACGGCCGAUCUGAUCAUGGAUUACUGUUUCCAACAGGAUAUUAAUGCCCUCGACGAACCCGGAUUUCGGAGCGAGACGAUCGAGAAAUUCGGCGAGGGUCCAGACAUGGCGCUUGUCGGAACACAUUUUCCUAAUUUCUUCAGUUUUGUCAACAAGCUUGUUUCGCUCUUGCCGGUCAAGAUGCAGGAGGAGAAGUUCCGAGCCAUCCACGGCUUCAGAACGAUGCAGAACGUUGCACGCAAGCGCAUCGAAUACCUGAUGAAUAAUCCUGAGAAGACCAACUCUAAGAUCCCGACCAUGUUCGAUCUCAUGCUAAAUCCAAACACGGAGAAAGGCCAGGUUACGCCACCAAAGGCGGAAAUGGUCGCUGACGGGACACUCAUGAUUGUUGCUGGCACCGACACCACUGCCAACACCCUCGGCACCAUCCUCUUCCACGUAACACAAUCCCCCUCCAUCUCCUCCAGACUCCUCUCAGAACUGAAGACCGCCAUCCCGGACCGAAAUUCCGUGGUCGACUCCGCAACCCUUGAUGGCUCUGCCUUCACCUACACACGUGCUAUUGUGAAAGAAGGUCUACGCCUCUCCUACGGCGUCCCCGGCCGCAUAAUCCGCCGUACACCCCCCGAAGGCGCAACCUUCAACGGCUACUUCGUCCCCAGCGGCACAUCCGUAACCUCAGGCAUCUACCUUCAGAACACCGAUCCCGCCACCUUUCCUUCGCCGUUUACCUUCGACCCCGAGCGCUGGCUCUGCGACGCGGAGACGUACAAGCAGCGAGACAGGCAGAUGCAGUCUUUCAGCCGGGGGUCACGGGGCUGUAUAGGCAUUAAUCUGGCCUAUGUAACGUUGCACCUGACAGUGGCGCACCUGUUCCGACGGUUCGACGUGCAAACGGAGGGGUUUACAACCGAAGCGGAUAUGGAGUGGCAUGAUUGUUUCGUGACAACUCCGGCGGGGCAUAUCAAGGGGUUGGUAAAGCGACGGGACGAUUGA